AUUGUGCAUGCAUACUAAGCGAACGCAGCGAAAAGGCUGAGAGAAGAAACGUCGCUGUGCGAAGGGCUUCAAUCAAUAGUUUCUCGGCGCGCAAAACGCCCGCGGCUGGUGGACUGCCACCUGGCACCUUGACGCUUUGACACCUGUCGUCGCGAGUCUCGGAUAGUAGCCCGCAGAUACAACCCCACACUCACGUACUCCCUCACGCCGCGGCGACUGGCCGUCGGCACCUGUCCAGUUCGUUCCUGGCGCGCGUGAGGUGCAAGCUAGCAACUUCUUGACCUAGACUCCACGCAGCCAUUGGCUCGGGCUUCAGUUUCAGCCCGUUCAGCGAGUUUCUCGCCCGGCUCCUGAGUCUCUGUGGUAGACGCAGCUUCCUUGGCGUCAAGUGGAAGCACCUGCAACUACUGGGCGCUAAUUGAGCUACGCAACGCUGGCGGCUGGAGGGGGGGCCUCAAAGGAUGCGGGUCACCGCUAAUCGGUCGGCCUGCGCCACGAGUUUGCAAGGCGUUGCACGCGCUCAGCUAAGACCAGUGCUGCGGAUUGCUCGGAAGUCGCGGACAGCUCUACGCGUCGUCAGCGAAAGCCCUAUCGUGGAGGACUAUGGGCAUGGGAAGACACGCUUCAACGCGCCGGUAUUCAACCGCACGCGGUGGAGCUACCAUCAGGACACGGGCCGCUACCAGCGCCACCUGCAGUCCAUAUUCCGGUCUGUAACGUUCCGCAACCUGCAGGCUCCUCUGUCCAUGUUGUCCUUCAUCUCGUGCAUGGUGGUCCUGUACCGCACAUUCGUUGAGAUGGAAAUGAUACCCGACUAUUUCGAGGGCGUGAGCUUCACAGACACGCCCUUCCAGCUCACCUCCUUCGCGCUGUCGCUGCUGCUGGUGUUCCGCACGGACGCCAGCUACAGCCGCUGGUGUGCGGCCAUGGAUGCCUGGAGCGAGCUGCGCACGUGCAGCGCGGCGCUGAUGCGCAAGGCGGCGUCGUGGAUCAAGGACGCGUCCAUACUGCGGCGCCUGGUGCGCUGGGUGGCUGCGUACGCCCUGUGCCUGAUGGUGCAGCUGCGCACGGACGCCGGCACGGGCGAGGAGGUGACCACCAUGCGCGAGCAACUGGCGCCCGUGCUGCGGCCCGCCGAGCUGGAGGAGGUGCUGGCGGCGGGGCCCUACUACCACACCUUCUGUCUGAGCGUGCUGACGGCGCUGGUGGAGGCGGCGGAGGUGGGCGAGGGCCGCGAGGGAGCGAUGCUGGAGGACCUGGCUUCGUUCGCGCAGGCGGCGGGGCAGUGCGAGAAGAUCCUCCGCUUCCCCAUCCCGCUGACCUACACCCGCCACACCUCCCGCUUCAUGCUGCUGUACCUGGCGGCGCUGCCGGUGGCGCUGUACGACUCGUGUGACUGGGCCACCAUCCCCGUGGUGGCCACCAUCAGCUUCCUGCUGCUGGGCAUUGAGGACAUCGGCGUGCAGAUCGAGGAGCCGUUCUCCAUCCUGCCGCUGCCGGAGAUCUGCGCCGACCUGCACACCAGCGCGCAGCUGGCGGUCACUCAGCGCAAGCUGGUGCGCUGCCUGGCCGCGCCAGACUCCUGCGAUGCCGACUGGGAGAGGGCGCUGGUGUCUGUGUCGCUGAGCUCGGCGGAGGACCUGGACGGCGCGGCGUUGGCGGGCGCCCGCGCCGUCAGCGGCGGCCCAGGCGCUGCCCACCGCGAUGCCAUGAGCAGCAAGGCGGCGGCGGGCGUGGCGGCGCUGCGGGGCGGCUACAGCAGCAGCGGCAACGGAAACGGCAAGGGCCCGGGGCCGGUCGCGGCGAUCCACGACGCCGCGGGCGCCUCGCCGGCGUCGCCUGCGUCGCCGGUGUCGGCGGCUGGGCCGACGGCGGGGGUGAGUGGCAGCCGCUGGCAUCGGUGAUGAGGUGGCGAGGUCCGGGUGCCGCGUGGCGGAUGCAGUGCGGCUGUGGCGUUGCGGCUGUGGGAGCCGCAGUGGAGCGCGCUACAGCUACGGACACACGCUGCCGCGCGGGCCACAUUAGAGGAUACGGUAGCUGGAGAGCUGAGGAAGUACAGGCGCCGGUGACGGGCUCGACCCACUAAACCAAGAUGAUUAUUUUUAUUCUGGAGCGGGCAGCACAGAUUGCAGGCAGAGCGUAGAGCAUUUUAUCAGGGUUUAGCUAUGCACACGCACACACAAAUAUACAGCAGGACAGGUUGUCAUCAUGCAGACAGACGGAGCAGAUCAGGGAGGGCGCCGCGGCUGGACGCGCACGCGCGCCGCCACGGGCCGAGGAACUGGCGUACUUCUGCAUGCAAUAAUGUCAGUACUGUUUUUUGAGAUUGGGCGAACUGGUGAGGCCCAAGAUUUGACCUAAGGGCGAUCGCACAGCACCGUUAUUUCGUUGUUCGCCGCCAUUGCAAUAUCGGCGGUCGGGGUCUGUUCGAAAGCUCUGUUUCUUGACCAACUCGUUUUUUGUGUGAGCGGCCGUCGUGUGUCGAAUGGAAGCCGCUGGCUCGUGGCGUGGUGUGAUGGUGCGCUGAGUCACGCGCAGCGGGCCGUGAAGGCCAGGGAGACCGUUGGGGUUGCUAAUUUAAUCCCUCUCGUGUGGUUUACGUGUGGCACGUUGCCGUUGGGUUACGGAAUGACGUGUCGGCAAGGGCCAUGCGAACUUGCAUCUUGCGUUGAUUUACACAUGGAGAAGGCUUCAAGCUGGUAACGUUGUGGAUAUACACAGAAAGAUCGAAUUGAGAGUAGGAUAUGCGUUCAGGAAGAGCCCAUGCGCACUGGUAAUGGUAACACGGGCAAGCGAGUCCCCAUCGUAUGUACAGGCGAAGAAUCCUCAUGCAUGCAGUGAUGCAGUCGAGAGUCUGGCAUGCUGAUUGGCACACUCGUUGAAGCAAAUCGUGGGGAGCAACUCCAGGCGCGGAGUACGGUAUGCGCUGCUGUUUCGGCACUUGAGGUGUGGUCGCGCAAAUGUUGUUAUCAGAGAAGAUUGCUGGCGGAGAGAGAGUUGAUAGAGCGCUGAGGUUACACGAGGCGCAUGAUAUGCGUGUGUGAAGGUGCAAAAGGGGCUUCCCCCAGACCAUGUUCACACAAUGCAUUGGGUAUCACCCUGACUAAAAUUGAGUCACGGUGCUGGCACUACCAUCAUCACGCCGCAAACACGCAUGUACACACACGCUGUAAACCGCAUCGACA